CAACUUGUGAGCACUUUUUCCUGCAAGAUUUCAUUCGUGAGGCAUUGGUCGGGGUAACCUACUACCCCACAGCAUUGUCCCUAAUUCCGAGGAGUAAGAUCCCCACAAACAGGAGAUGAGCCCUAAGGGCUCGGUGUGAAUGCCGAACAAGCCUGCAGUGAUCUCCCCAGGGGAUGGAAGUUAGGGCGGCCCCAAAUUCAGGAUCGUCCUUCGCAAUAGUCUCGUACCAGAUGCACUGAACGUAGGCCAGGUAAACAUACGACUAACUUGAUACUGUAGAAAGUCAAGCAUGCCAACAUCAUCACAACGAUCAGAUGUAAACAGCAUUGAAAGUCAAUGCCGAGCAUGUCGAUUUUGUCGAGCACGGAAGAUCAAGUGUGACAAGAAGAAGCCUGCGUGCACCUCUUGUGCUACUCAUAAACGGCACUGUGUAUAUACGUUUGAAAAGCCGAAACCAAGACCAUCCUCAGCUAUCAUCUCCGCAAUACAAAGCGAGAAGCGAAGUCUUGAGAGAGUCCUCGUGAGACUCAAGAAUGCUAGUCCAGAAGAGGCUGCAAUCAUUCUAAAUGAUGUCACGGUGGUUGAUGGAAGUAUCAAACAUCGUACGACCGAGACGACAGUCUCGAAUGAUCUGGAUGGCUACGAUUGGGCCUCUGGUGAUCGAAUACAACAAUCUCCACCUGAAGAACCACGAAACCCUCCACCAGCUGGCAAUACGGUGACGGACGCCAAUUAUGCCGACGAAGCGGAUACCCAUGAUUCUGAUGGAGAAUUUGAUGCCUCCAAAUACCUCUCAGUAGAUGAACAAGGCCAGGUUGGGGUCUUUGGGCUUACCUCAACACUUCACAACCCUGCUGCCCCAGCUGUCUCGAAAGUUGCACCAAGCCAUGACAUCCGGAACCAGCUUGUUGCAAAUGCAGCUCUGGAACGGCAAAAGGAGUUUUCAAUCCGCCUCCUGCCGGACAUCGAUGGGGUCCCUAUCGGUGUAGCCAUGCAUCUGUUAGACCUUCAUUGGAACCGCCAACAUCACACCUUUCUACUCACUUACCGCCCUGCCUUGAUGAGAGACAUUGUCCACGGCGGACAAUAUUGCUCCAAGUUCCUUCUCAAUGCCAUCUUCGCUUGUGCAAGCAAAUACUCCGAUAGGAUAGAGCUUCGCGAUGACCCGUCAAAUCCAUUGACUGCUGGAGGACGUUUCUUUAGACGCUGUGAAGAACUUCUACUACAAGAGCCACCAUGGAGCAGACCCAGUAUACCUACAGUAGUUGGAUUUCUGCUCCUGGGAUCGACUUUCAUCUCCCGAGGUGAGAUAAGCAAAGGCUGGUCUUACACCGGUUUCGCCAUGCGCAUGGUGUUCGACCUUGGACUUCACCUCGAUUGCCGAAAGCCUGGGAGCUCAGCUGAAGAUGCCGAGAUUAGGAAAAGGGUCUAUUGGGGUGCUUUCAUCUGUGACAAACUUCAAAGUCUGUAUCUGGGGCGACCAUUCUCGAUGCAGUUGCGAGAUUGCCAUGUCUCAACAGAGCUAAUGGAUACCAUGGAGGAACUCGAUUUAUGGGUUCCCUACGUAGAUCCUGAGUAUCCAGACCCCGCUCAAACCUUUUAUACGCCGACACCAGUUCACUCCGUCUCGACAUUCCAGCAGCUUUGUGAGCUGUCUAAGCUCAUGGCGAGAGUCAUAAGCAGAUUCUACUCCGCGGGCGCUACUCCGCACAAAGCUCAAAUCGCUCUCAAAGGUCUCGAUGAGUGCCUAACUAAGUGGCAUGAGGAGCUUCCAGAUUCUGUUUCUUUCCAACCGUGGUCUGAAGACCCAAACCUCUCACGAAAACUGGUAUCACCAAAUGUCAUGAAUCUCCACAACACAUAUCAUUCCCUCGUCAUACUACUGCAUCGACCAUUCAUCUCAGAAGGUAAUCUGAGAUCUGGCUCGAUUGCAGCAGCCUCUUGGAAGAAAUGCACAGUUGCAGCAAAGAACAUCACAAGCAUUGUUGGAGCAUAUCGAUCAGCCUACACUUUGCGAGGAGCGCCGUAUCUGACAAGCUAUGCUGCUUAUGUUGCUUGCACGAUACAUGUACGCAAUGCGGCUUUGGAAGUCAAUCAGCGUGACGAGAGUUUAAAACUGUUGUUAGCAAGCUUGAAGCCACUCGACGAACUGUCUCUUCCAAAUCCUGGCGUUACGCGACCUGCGAGUAUCAUCAGACAUUUGAUGCAUAGUAACGGGAUUGCUGAGCCCCCUGUUACCUCUCCGCGAACGAACGCAGGUUAUUCAUAUGAUGUGAAUGCUACACCAAACUCAAUUGAAUUAUCUUCCCUGUUCGACACGUUCGCGCAAGACAUAAAUUCAGGAGGGUCAAUGCCCAAUGCCGAUCCCCGAUUCAUUGAUAACACGUUGAAUGAUUCUCUAUUUGGUUUCAUGGACAUUCCCUAUAUGCCUGAUCAGCUUGGAUGGGGUUGAAAUUCCCAAAGGACGAGACUUGCUACUAGGACACAAAUGGAAUGAUGAAGGUGAAGCAGAUGCGAUGCCACGCAAGGCAAGCAUGUAUUCAACGGAAUCUAAUGCAAAAAAAUGUGCCAUGAAUUAGAA